UAUACGAACGCCAUCUUAGUGGAAAAAGAAUGUGUCUCAUAAUCAAAUUCAUCAUCUGUCAACCAGAUGUAUCCGUCUUGAAUUGGUUCUACUUGAUAUUUGGUAUAAAUACAGCCUGUGUCUGACGGUCAGUGUGGUACGACUUGCCAACAUGAAUGUCGCGGGGUACCUUACGCUGAUACUCUUUGUUAUCGACAAAACCAAGACGGUCUCUCUCCUAACAGACGACAAUGCACAUAACUCUACACACCAAAAUCUCGUCGGAGUGGACAGUCAAAAUGUGGAUGUCUUCAGACAACUGCUGAAUCAAGAAACUAUCAUCAGAAUGACCUUGGUCAAAAAUGUCCACGCGUUGAUGAAAGACAUGUUGUCGCUAAAGGAAAACUUCGCUGUGGCCGAACAGAAACUUUCAACUCUACAGGCAUCUACCGCUCACGAAAUAUCGGUGCUGAAAACGGAAGUGCAGUCAUUGAAACUUGAAAACAAUGUUUUGAAAAACGAGAGUAGAGAACACAAAAGAGAUGUCACAGAAAUGAAGGCAAAUAUUGUGCAAAUUUCAGAGAAUCACAAAGAAUUUGAAAAAGAAAUUGACGUAAAUAGGGAGGUAUUUCAACAAAAUGUGUCGGACAAGCUGGCAGACAUUAAAAUCGAGGUACGGUAUUUGUCUAUAACCUUGCUGGAUCUAAACGCACACACUCGUCAAAUUGAAAGUGAAAUUCCGGACAUCAUUGAUCAAAAGAUCCUAGCGAUGUUCGAAUCGAUAAAUUCUACAUUGGAAAAUUUCAAUGCGACCGUAAUGGCUACGGACAACAAAUUUGCAACUCAAUUUUCGGACCUCAAGAACUCACAUUCUGGUGUCUUGUCAACUCUCACUGAUUACCUGAACACAACAGUAGACAGUCUGAAGGCCGAACUGAAGGACUCAAAGUUUGAACAACUGAAGUUAUCCUCUGCAGUGACCUCUCUCGAGAUGUUCCGAAUGAAUCUGACCAACAGUAAAUGUGAUCUUCAAACGAAAGUGGCCUUCACCGCGGGGGUGACGUCUAGCAGUAGUACCUGGAACAGCGGGACGUUAGUAUUUCCGGUUGUCAUUAACAACAUCGGGGGUGGAUACAAUCCCAGUACUGGAGUUUUCACGGCCCCUACAGAGGGACACUACGUCUUCUUCGUCACUGUCGUGGAGUAUAAUAAACAGGAUAGCAGGGUUGAAAUUGUCCUGAAUGGGUCAUCAAAGGUCGGAACAAUGGGACAUCCAAGCGCAGGUUACCAGACGGGAGCAAACAUGGCUGUCCUGCGGCUUCAGCAGGGAGACACUGUGUGGAUCAAACAUUACCAUGGCAAAGGUUAUUACACCGAAACCGUUCCCCUCACAACGUUCUCUGGCUUCCUCCUCUAACUUACACUUACCAAGGUCAGAGGUCAGAUUGAGUUUGUUAUAUUGUAAUCCGAUACUUAGAUACCACACAAAUACUCAAAUCAACGUAAAUCAUAAAUCACAUAUUAUCGUGUGUGUAUCCAAUAAACAUUCCUGUGUAUAUAUAUCAUAAUCAUGCUCGUGUUCAUGUGUAAUAAUCAUUCUUGUGUUUGAAUGUAAUAACCAUUCUUGUGUUUAUAGACAUGUAUAAUAAAGAUUCAUUUUA